AUGGGCUCAAAUGACGAAAAAUCACAAGAGAUGGCUUUGAAAUCGACAAGGACUGCACCUGAGCACGCUCAGGACGGUCUGGAGGCAACAACCCGCUCGAAUUCUACCACCCUAUUGACGGUUGACCUUGUGAAGGACAACCCCAAUGAACACAAAUUCUCCAUGUUGUACAGCAUAUUUGUCUUGUUUCUUUCUCUGGAAAAGAUACAGCAGACCGAUUUUCUGGGUCUACCCUUCCAAAUCCCCACCAACAGAGUGGGAGCGCCAAUCUGCCCAUUGACAGAUGACUUGAGAGAAUUGCAUUCAAUUCUUUCCUUGGAAAAGAUUUCCUUUUACAAACGUCUAUCAACUUUCCUUUACUUUUAUCAUCCUCCUAGCAAAAUGGCCGCCGCAAUUCCUGUUUUUACGAUCUAUGAUGCCAUGAUUUUAUGUCAAAUCCCUGACACUGGGAAUUUCCAAGGACAAACUGACGCUCAACGUAUGGCAGAAGAGCUCUUUGACAACAAUUUUGGCACUGCCAUGACCAAGUCAAUCAAGCAGGUCAACAUGGACCUUGCAACGCUUGCAUCCUUGACCGCUGUGCAAGGACGAAUUGUGUCAAGACCAAGGGCUCAAGACCGAAUCAGAGCAUUUGUACAGUGGGUUCGCGAUGAAAUUCGGAUGGGCAGGAAUCCUGCACAACACCCUUUCCCAGCUGGAGAUACAUCUACUCUGCUGCAGCGAUUGAACUUCCAUCAAAAGUAUGUCAAAGAUUCUAAAACUUUAAUUGACAAUACGGUUCCACCCAAGUGGAGCAAAGAACAACAAUGGAAGCAAUGGGUCAAGCUGCUCCGUGACCACCUCCGCGCAUAUAUC